AUGGCUGCAUCAGUAGGUGGUGCUAUGUUUUUGAAGGCAGUUGAUGCAAGUGGCAACAUAAAAGAUGCUGAGUAUGUAGCAAAUUUGUUUAUACCAGUGAUCAAAGAUGUGGGAGAACACAAUGUUGUUCAGAUCAUUACUGAUAAUGGGAGUAACUUUAAGGCUGCUGGGGGUAUAAUUGAGAGUACAUAUCCUCACAUCUUUUGGACUCCAUGUGUUGUGCAUUGCCUAAAUUUGGCACUAAAAAGCAUUUGUGAACCAUCUGAAACCUCACCUCAAUAUACUCAUUGUAAAUGGAUUAUUGAUUUGGUGAGUAGUGUUCAAAAUAUAAAAAAUUUCAUUGUUAACUAUGGCAUGGUACUCUCAAUUUUCAAUACUUACUCGGAAUUGGGUUUACUAAGGGUAGCAGAAACAAGAUUUGCAUCAAGCAAAAUCAUGGCAAAACGUUUGAAAGAAGUGAAGAAUGCACUUAAGAAGAUGGUGAUGGAUCCAACUUGGAGAAGGCUUUUAAAAGGAGAUGGAAAGUCAGCAAUUGAAAUCAAGGCUAGGGAAGUUAAAAAAUGCAUUGUGAGUGACAGUUGGUGGGAUGACUUGGAAUAUCUCUUGGAAUUUACUGAACCUAUUGUUGAUUUUUUGAGGUUAGCAGACACUGAUGCCCCUGUUCUCCAUUUGAUUUAUGAUAUGUGGGACACAAUGAUUGAGAAAGUUAAAUUCAGAAUAUUUGCUCAUGAUAAACAAGAUAUGCUGACUGGCCAAUCAAAUUUCUUUGAUGUCAUUCACAAUAUAUUGGAAACAAGAUGGAAUAAAAGCAACAAUCCACUGCAUUGUAUGGCUCAUUCAUUGGUUCCUAAAUACUACACUGAAUCUUGGAUUAGAGGUGGAAGUGAUGGAGUUCCACGGCUCUCACCACAUGAAGAUCAAGAGGUCUCUUUGAAUAGAAGUAAAUGUUUCAAACAAUUAUUUAGCAAUCAAGAUGAUCUUCGGAAAGUUUAUAUUGAAUAUGGAGCUUUUUCAAGUGGAUCCGGUUACUUCAAUGAGCCUCAUGUUAUUGAUGCAAAAUUGUAUGGGGAACCAAUUUCAUGGUGGGCAAAUCAUGGUGAUGAUAAGUUUGAUAUUGAUGGUAAUACUCUUGGGGAACUUGCUGAACUUUCCAUCAAUGAUCUAGAGUUAGAGCUUAUAACAUUUGAUGAUGCAUUUGAAGAAGGGCAAGAGGCUGCCUUAGGGGCUGAAGUUGAACCACUUGAAGAAUUCCAACAAGGAAUAAUGGAUUGA